CGCAGGUGAAAUCCACGUUUGGAACAUGGUCAUUGGCGCUGGCGUCGGCACCGUCGUGUGCCUCGAGGUACCUGUUGGCAGCGAAUUCGGCGUCGACUAUGAAGCAUUCCGCACCGCAGAGAAGUUCCGCGGCGUCAAGUUGAUUCCGUCUGGCCUUCAUUUCGUGUUUUAUGCAUCCAACGGCGAGCACGACAACGGCAAUGGCAUUCGCCAAGGCUUCUUUGUCGAGAUCAAACCUAACGACGUGGUCAUUCGAACGUGGUCGUCCGACACGGAAGAGUUGGUUCCCAUGACAAGAGAAGCCGACGUUGAGAACCUCACGCGCGCUGUGCACGGCUUUCAGCUGGAUGGAAACUUAGGCGCAUACCCCCAAAAGCAUGCCAAGACGUGGCGUCGCCUGUCCAAGUACAUCACAAAGGAAGUGCUCGCACAAUGCGGGUUGACAGUUGGCGGCACCAUCUCCCCAGGGGACCCCGACACCUUGUCUUUGGAAUCAAAUGAUCUCACCACGCUCAAGCCUUUCUUCCCGGAUGUGGCCCAAGUCGCGCGCUUUACGCCAUUGAAAAAACCAUCGACGACGCAGCGUUCCGCGGGCGAUUUAACGCUGUACCAUGUCGACAGCAGUGAGCACCUCGAAUGGCUGUUGAGCACCCACUUCCACAACGACUGGCACGCCCUCUUGGGUGAAUUGCAGCUGUCGUUCGUGCUGUUUUUGCUCCUUUCAUCACUGGAUGCCCUCCAUCAAUGGAAACAGGUGCACACCAUGCGAUCCUGGCACGACGAAUGUUGCUGCAUCACCAUCACCAUCUCUAGUUUGUCUGGCUCUUGUGCUCGUGUGAACAUGCCGUCACGACGCAACCGGCAUUGUUCGCCGCGUUCUUGCAGCUCAUGCACGUCCACCUCGAGCAAGUCGGGGCAGAUUUCUUCCAAGACGAGAUCGCACAUGACAAUUUCAUCAAAACUUCGCUGGCGUCGCUCUUUGAGAUCCUGCACGACGACACCCUGGAUGCCAAGCUGCUGCAACGUGCUGCGAAACUCGAGCAAUUCCUCAAGCAACGCUUCCAGCUGCAAUUUGACGUGAUGGGGACGUACGCGUUUGGCGGCGACGACGACAGCGCCCCCACCGUGCUCCUUCCCGACGAACUGCCGUCGUUCGUGUUUACGCAAGACGCCGCCGACACUGACGAAGCAAAUCGUCGCAUUGCCCAACACUUGCAUUCGACCCGAACAAGUCCUUCUUGAGCCACAAGAUGUCGAUAUAAACUCUAUAUUGUUGGCUGAAGGGAGGUAUCAUUUUGUCAGUGGCCUCUAUUAAAUGUACGGCACGGACCCAAUGACCCCAAACUCGACGAUCUUCCACUUGAGCGCCGACGCUUCUUCGUCGUACUCGCGACGGAAUGCGAAAAUGUAAAAGUUGGCUUGGAUGUCGUCAUCGGCACCUUCCACGAUCUCGCCUUCUCGGUUGCGGAUGCAGUUGAUCUGCUGGGCCAUGAGUUGGAUGCCGAUGAUCGGCGCCUGCUUGUCUUCCGCCUAAACCAAGCACAUACAUACAGUAUAUAUAUUAGACCAAGUGAGGUACUCAAUCGAAGAACCAAAUCGACAGGCAAUCGAUAUACGACUAAUCAAAACCCACAACACAAAUCA